AUGAUUGACUGCGAGAAAGUAGAGGCCUUGGUGGGGGGCAUGCGAACGGAGAGCCAUCACGCGUUCUACGUAAUCGCUGUCUGCGCAGGUUCAUGCGGCAUCAUUUCUCUUAAACUGGCACUCGCCUUGCCCGCCGAUGGAGGCAGCCUGGCCUGGGUACUCGCCAGCACACGUUUGCCGUAUGAACAUAUCCACUCUUCCUUGGAGGUAUAA